UGCGCCACCAUAUACUGCAGCUCCACGAUGUGUUCGCACACUUCAAAUCUUAAAAGGGCGGAAUACUUGCAGAAAAAAACGAUAAGAAAUAGCCACAGCGACGACAUCGAAAAUUACUCGCCGACCACCCACGCGUCGCGUGUGUGUGCGCGCAUGAAGGAAGGCGUCUGACGGGGAAAGAGGGAGGUGAAGUCGGGGUGGGAGGAGGACGCCAUUGCAGCCGCCACCGGUCGUUUGUUUAUGUUGGGGAUUCGGCGGGUCGAGACACGGACGCUCGCCCGGCUCGAGGACGCAUGUGUCGGCUACAGUGAUCGCGCGGACCCUCGGCCUGCCGGGAUGCGGACACGGACGAUUGGGAAAUGUGGUUCGCUUGAACCGGAGGAUAAAAUGCGGGCGCACGCCUUCGAAAAAGAAAAUCAGUGGCUCCUCCAAUCGGCAUGAACAUCAGUAGAAACUGCACCCCACAGGGGGGUGGCGGUGGGCUGGCUGCGCUGGAGUCGGUUUCCAUCGUAACCAUCACCCUACUGGCCUGCCUGGGCAACCUUCUGAUCGUGGCCACGCUCUAUCGCCGCCCCUACCUGCUGACGCCCAGCAACAAAUUUGUCUUCAGCUUGACUCUGUCCAACCUGCUGCUGUCAGCCCUGGUCCUGCCCUUCGUGGCCGUCAGUUCAGCCAAGAGGGAGUGGGUGUUCGGCGUGGUGUGGUGUAACUUCACCGCCCUGCUCUACCUGCUCAUCAGCUCGGCCAGCAUGCUCACGCUGGGGGCCAUCGCCAUUGACAGGUACUACGCAGUGCUCUACCCGAUGAUCUACCCCAUGAAGAUCACAGGGAACCGGGCCGUGGUGGUGAUCGCCUACGUGUGGCUCCACUCCCUGGUGGGCUGCCUGCCCCCUCUCUUCGGUUGGUCCUCCUUCGAGUUUGACUGCUUCAAGUGGACCUGCGUGGCGUCGUGGCACCGUGAGCCAGCUUACACGGCCUUCUGGGUAGCCUGGUGCAUCCUGCCGCCCUUCCUGGUCAUGCUGGCGUGCUACGGCGUUAUUUUCCGCGUGGCCCGCAUUAAAGCCCGCAAGGUGCACUGCGGUACGGUGGUUGUCUCCCAAGAGGACGGCGGCGGCAGCGGCUCGCAGAGGAACGGACGCAAGAACUCGAGCACGUCGACGUCGUCCAGCGGUAGUCGGCGGAGCUUGGUGUACUCCGGGAGCCAGUGCAAGGCCUUCGUCACCAUCCUGGUCGUGAUCGGGACUUUCCUCAUGACCUGGGGGCCCUAUGUGGGUGUGGUUUGUACAGAGGCCCUGUUCGGACAGGGGAGCGUCUCCCACGGGCUGGAGACUCUGGUGGUGUGGCUGUCCUUCUGCAGCGCCGUGUGCCACCCACUCAUCUACGGCCUGUGGAAUAAGACUGUGAGGAAGGAGCUUCUGGGCAUGUGCUUCGGUGAUCGCUACUAUCGAGAGUCCUUCGCCACGAGGCACAGGACCUCGCGCCUUUUCAGCAUCUCCAACAGGAUCACAGACUUGGGAUUGUCGCCCCACUUGACGGCCAUGUUGGCAGGAGGCGGCCAGCUUCUUACCCCGGGGAGUAGCACUGGAGACACCGGCUUCAGUUUUACUCAGGACUCGUGUACAGAUGUGAUGCUGCUAGACAACUUUUCCACUGAUGGCUCCUGUCAUCCACAUUAUUCCUUCAAUCCGUCUGGGAAGAGGAGGAGCUCUGUCACGUUUGAAGACCAGGUGGAGCAUUCCAAAGCUGAGCAUGCAGCAUCAGUGCAGGUCCACGCCGAGGUCCACAAGUCACUGGACACCUUCGCCUCCUGCCUGGCCAAAGCCAUAGAGAGUGACGCCAAGCUCACCCUCUUCGGGGACAUUUUGGCUGCUCCGGCGAGUCUCUUCACGGCCCGGGUCGCACCCAGGCCCAGAUAUUUGGACGGUCAGAGACUGAGGCUGGAAAGCAUCGACGAAGGCAUCGUCAAAGACGACAAUGACGAGCGGGACUCCGAGACGAAGCCAGCCUGAGGUCAGCCGGUCUGUUCGCAAUCUUCCACGGGGAUCAUUCAGACUGUGAACAAUUUUUUGUGAAAGACUGAAAAGACAUCCUUUAUUCCUACAUUCACACUCAAACGUUACUCGAAAUCCAUUCGACCAAGUACUGGAGUAGCACCUAGCUUUCUCAAUGGAAAAUUAUCAACAACAUGUAGCGCUAAGUCGGUACCGUGCAGCGGUAGCUUACUUGAUACAUUUGAUGAUUGCUAUCGAACCUUCAAAGUGGAACACAAUUUGGUGCAAUAGUCUAAUUCCAAAUUGCUCCAACUACAGAGCAUUUUUAAUAUGGGAAAUAUAAUCUGAAAAAGAUAAAUGUAGAGUCGAUUACAGGCGAAAACCAUCACCACGAGUG